UCACUUCCCUUUAUCACGCUGAAUGACGGUCGAUCGAUCCCUGCGAUCGCCUACGGACUUGGGACGGCCAAUUAUGGCAAACCAUCUUCGGAAUUGGUCGAAAUGGCAAUCAACGAAGCGGGAUAUAGGCAUAUAGAUUGUGCACAGAUGUACGAAAACUCGGAAUCCGUCGGCCAAGCUUGGACUUCGACUGGGCUGAAACGGGAGGAGCUGGUUCUGACAACCAAACUCUCUGGGUCAGAUCCUCGGGCGGGACUCGAGGCCGAGCUGAGAUUGCUUCGCACGAACUACGUCGACUUGUGGUUGAUCCAUACGCCAAAGGUGAAGAUCGGUUAUGGAAAAGCAUGGAGCUUGAUGGAGGACGUCCUGAAGGAGGGCAAGACGAGGUCGAUCGGAGUGUCAAAUUACAUGAUAGAUGAGAUGACGGAGAUGCUCGAAACCGCCAAGGUCACCCCCGCUGCGAACCAGAUCGAGUUCCACCCUUACUGUUACCCCUACCUCGAAUCCCUCGUUAGGCUCUGUCAUGAGCGUGGGAUCACGAUCGAGUGCUACGGACCUUUGUCACCGAUCACCAAAGGGAAAGGAGGUCCUCUGGAUCCCGUCUUGCAAAAGAUCGCUGGGCAGACAGGGUUGAACGAAGGUCAGGUCUUGUUGAAAUGGGCCAAGCAGGUGUCGCGAGGGGUCAUCGUUACCACGUCGACUAAAGCCGAUAGACUGAAAGAACAUUUGGCUGCUCUUCAAGCGCCCGAGCUCACGUCCGAACAGGUGGACGAGAUCACCCAGGCAGGUCGGACGUCACCUCAGAGGUUCUUCAAGGGUGUU